CUUUUAUUUAUCUUCCUUCCAUCCACAUUAUUCUUCUUUUUUUUUUUCUUUUCUUUUUUUAUAAAAAGUUCACCACAUGUCCUCGGAGACACCACUCACCUCCGGUCAGGUAUCUCAGUUUGUUCUCUUUGGCAAUGUGAUAGGUGUCUGUGCGCCGUUAUUCAUCCGAAGUACUUAUUAUGCGAUAAAAGAACCAAAAUCUAGAUUUAUUCGUAUACUUAAAGGUGUCAUGACUUUCUUUAUGCUGGUGAAAACUUCAUUAUUUAUAGCUAUGGCUGCACCGAAUGGGGCAAAUUGCCGUGCUUUAGGAUUAUCAGCCGAUAUAUUUUAUCAUACUAGUAUGGUGGCAGGUGCUGGUGUUCUCUUCAAACGAAUUGAAGCUGUAAUAUCAUUCCAGUACAAGUCGCAGAUACGAAUACUACAUUAUCUUAUAAUGGCAACUCGAUUUAUCGUUGGUAUGGUGGAUGUUGGUUUAGUUCAUGUUUCUCCAUCAACGUCUGGAUCCUGUGAUUAUCUUGAUAUGCAUGUGAUUGGUAUUAUCUAUACUACAUUGGAUACGGCUAUCGAUUUUUAUGCAACAUGUAUCAUCUGUCUUGUAUUAACUCGUCAUAUGCGGAAAUUGAAUAAGGAGGGACUCAUUGCUGUCAAUGCACAACAAUAUUUUGCCAUUGUCAUAUAUAAUUGUACAAGAACUACCUUACUUACUAUUGUCAAUUUAAUUGCUGCUAUAGGAAUUGCUUCUAAUCUUGGUAAUAGAUAUUUUAUUCCUUUAGUAUCAACAUUAUGGCCUAUCACCAAUUUACUAUUUGUGUCUCUCAUUGGAUAUGAUACUGAUCUUACUGAAGUCAUUCGAAAUAUGCAAAACCGAUUUCAAGAUAAAUCAGCUAAUUUAUUUGAUUUGGCACUUCCUCCUCUAGCCGAAUCUUCACCAAAUCGAAGUCCAGAUACUGUGAUGUAGUCUAAUUUAUUAUUAUUCCCUUUUAUACCUAUCCACUAUAUCUGGUUAACUAUCAUUUUUUUAUAUCAUAUCAUAUCAUUCAUCUUCAACAAACCUAUUUUUUUUUUUUAAUUUUUAAUAUGUUUAUUAUCGUUUUGAAAAAAAUAAAAGUUUAUAUAUAGUAAUCUAUAAA